AUGGAUAUGAGUCAAAUUGACUGGCAAGCUCCGAUGGAUAAGAAGCGGGAGUGUGUCAUCAAGGGCAAGAGCAACCAGACUGAGUGCUUCAACUACAUCCGCUUCCUCCAGAGCUACAACCACACACACCUCUACACCUGUGGCACCUAUGCCUUCCAACCCAAAUGCACCUAUGUGAAUGCAGAUUAUUUCACUCUCAGCACAAGUCCCCUGGAAGAUGGGAAGGGCAAAUGUCCAUAUGACCCUGCCAAGGGCCACACUGGCAUAAUAGUUGACAAGGAGCUGUACUCCGCCACACUCAACAACUUCCUGGGAACUGAGCCAGUCAUACAAAGAAACCUGGGCCAACAGCACUACAGCAUGAAGACGGAAUACUUGCCUGCCUGGCUCAAUGAACCAGACUUCGUGGCUUCGGCCUUGGUUCGAGAAAGCGGCGGCAGUAAAGAAGGAGACGACGACAAAAUCUACUUCUUCUUUAGCGAGCGGGCGUUGGAGCUGGACUGUGACACUGAGGUCACUGUGGCAAGAGUGGCUCGCGUCUGCAAGGGUGACCUUGGUGGUACUCGGACACUGCAAAAAAAAUGGACCACCUUCCAAAAAGCCCGGCUGGACUGCUCCCUACCUGAGCGUCACGUCUCCUUCAACAGCCUCCAAGCUGUCUUCACGCUGCCGGGACAGGACUGGAGGGGAACUACUUUCUUUGGCAUCUUCCAUGCUCAAUGGGGUGACGUGGACGUGUCGGCGGUGUGUCAGUACCAGAUCGCCGACGUGAAGAAGGUGUUCGAAGGAUCCUACAAGGAAUACAGGGAGGCGUCCCAGAGGUGGGGGCGCUACUCCGGGUCUGUCCCGAGCCCGCGGCCUGGAUCGUGCAUAACAAACUCGGACAGGGAGAGCGGCUACAACAGCUCUCUGCAGCUACCUGAUGCAACGCUCAACUUUGCCAAGAAGCACCCACUGAUGGAGGAUAAAGCGCUGGCUCGCCCUCUGCUUCUCACCAAGGGUGUCAACUUCACCAGGCUGGUGGUGGACCGAGUUACCGGCCUGGACCAAAGAGCGUACAAUGUCCUCUUCAUUGGCACAGCUGAGGGCUGGAUGCAGAGGGUGGUCAUCCUGGGCUCGGACGCUCACGUGAUAGAAGAAAUCCAGCUGUUUGAAACUGCCCAGCCUGUUGACAGCCUGACCAUUUCCCACUCCAAGAAGUACGUGUACAUCGGCUCUCGAUCAGAGGUUCUCCAGCUGCCCUUAGCCAACUGCAGCCGCUAUCAGUCCCAGCCAGACUGUCUGCUGGCCCGAGACCCCUACUGCGCCUGGGACAGCGAGGGCCGAGCCUGUGUACGCAUCGACCUCCAUCGAGGGUCCACCUCCUCCCUGUCACAAGACCUCAUGCUGGAAAGGUUCAGCCGGGGGAAAGCCAAGUUUGAUAAACCUGUCUCCAUCCCCAGCCCUGAGCACUCCCGCCUGCGGAACGUGACGGUGGUGGUGGGCUCGGACAUGGUGCUGCCCUGCCAGCUGAUCUCCAACCUCGCUCAGCCCUUUUGGGUCGUCAACGACCGCGAGCUCCUGCUGGGCGACCCCGAGGCCGGAGGGCCACGCUUCGACCAGACCCUCAAGGCCCUCGUCGUCCCCGAAGCGGGUCAGAUCCAAGCCGGCCGUUACGUCUGCUAUUCCGAGGAGCAGGGCGUGAAGUUCCAGACCGAGCGCUACCAGGUGACGGUGGUGGCCAGUGCGCCCGUCUUCAUGGAAGCCCGGGCUCCGGACAGCAGCAUGGGGCUCUUCUGGGUGCUGGUCAUCACCCUGGGCGCGGCGUGUCUGCUGCUCCUGGUGGCGGCGCUGUACCUCCGCCGGAGACUGAAACUGGCUCUCGGGAAAGGAGCCGACAUGAAGCCUCUCGAAAGUACCCUGGUCUACCCCAUCACCUUACCCAAGGAGCCGCCCACGUUUGUGCCCAGCAAAAUGCCCACCGACGAAGACCGUUUCUGGGAGACGGGCGCCAAUUAUUACUACUCAGACGGCUCGCUUAAAAUCGUCCCCGGUCACGCCAUCGGGCCCGCCAGCGUGGGCGGCACGGCGUCACCCAGCGCCAUCCCGGGCCAGCCCAUCCACUCCCCCAGCCGUCUCAGCCUCACCAACAUCAGGGGCUCCGGCAGCAACGGCUACGUCCGCCUGAACCUGAGCACGGCGGGGGAGGAAAGGGCUAGCGGGGCUUGCGCUGGCGGCGGCGGCGGCGGGCUGGGCGGGCUCGGCGUGGGCGGGAACGACUACUCGGGCCCCUUCAAGGAGGAGCUGAGGCGCACCCUGCAGCAGAGGAGCGUGCUGCCCGACGCAAAUCCCGAGGAGUCGUCCGUCUAAGGCUUCUCCUCCUGGAAGGGAAAAAAACAACAAAAAAACAACCGAGCUACCUCCCUCUUUUCGAGGAUGCCUGCCCUCCUUUCCAGUGACACGUGGUCACGUCUGUCUCUCGCCCUGCCAAUGCCUGUUUGGCUCACUGUAGACUUUGACGGCAUGUUAAAUAUAGACGCUCACACCCCUUCUCGGCUCCGCACCGCAAAGUCUCGGACUUUCUCUGCUUGCACUGUGCACAACGGCCAUUUGUCUCAACUGUGAUUGGAACAGGAGUGCAGAGAAGAACCCCCGUAGGCGAGGUAAUCAAGCAAACGGCAUCACUUUGUUGUCCGGACGCCACUUGACGGACGGGAUGGCCUGGGGGACUUUUGUCAGCUUUUUACUGCACUUAAAACUGGAAGCGAGUCUUCCCUUUUUUUUUUUUUCUUUUUUUUUUUAUUAUUGGUGAGCCAAGAGAAGACUAAGUCAUGCUGAAGCAAGGCAACAAUCAUAUUUUGUGUGAGAAAACUAGGGUUUCAAAGGGGUGGACAGUUUCCGGUAAAUGUGAGGAAUGCACAGUGCAGGGUUGAAAUGCAACUGAGUUUGCGUUAAAUCAGGUUGUUUUAGCUCAUAAUCAUGCUGCGAGAUCGAGCAUGUUGCAUUCAAUGUUUAUUCCCAUUAAUUUCCCAUAUAUUCCCGUUAGUUCCCAUGGAAAGUUACCGGAAAUUUACCACGGGAAGUUAAGCUGACCAUUUUUUGAUUAUUCAAAGUUGGACACUGUCCAUCUUAUUCUUUGGAAUAAGAUGAGAAGCUUGUAAAACACUACUGCAAUGCCACACACGGAUAUAAAUAGUCAGCUAAACAAUUGGAGUAGUCUUUAAAAAUAUUUUACUGAUGGACACAUGAAUAGAAAUAGGCUAGAUGAAUACAUGAACACUCAAUCAGCAUGCUGAAUCAAACUAUAACCUACAUUCUUGUAUGACAACAGAAUGGCUAGCAGAACU